AUGGAUUGCACUCAACAGACUACAUACACCAGGGGCACUGCCAAUGGCCAGUGCCGACUGAAGUUUGUCAACUUCGAGGCCAGUGAGAACCACGCUUCCCAUGAGACAGAGGGGCUCAGCCAAAAGCACCUGGUGGUGCGGCGAGGGAAACCUUUCAAAGUGACUAUCCGGUUUGGCAGCUGCUCGUGGAAUCCUCACACGGAGAGCCUGGUCCUGGAGGUUUUGCUAGGUAAUCUUUCAGAGAGGUUCCCAGUCCAGUUCCCUGGCGAGCGAUACAACCCCCACAGCUGGUCAGCCAAAAUCUACCCAGACAACGGGGGCCGUCGGUCGUUCACCGUCUACAUCUGCUCCCCUGUUCAGUCCUCAGUGGCUCUGUAUCAACUCCUGGUGCACAUAGAGACCAAACAGAGCAGAAUUAGCUAUACAGUGGGAGCAUUUGUGCUGCUCUGCAACCCCUGGCUGAAAAAUGAUCCAGUUUACAUGCCACUGGAUGUCCAUAUACAAGAGUACAUCAAGAGCGAUUACGGGGUGGUGUACAUGGGCACCCCUCUCAACAUUAGCAGGCGGCCCUGGUCGUUUGGUCAGUAUGAGUCUGGGGUCCUGGAGGCGUGUCUGACGCUCCUGGAGGUCAGCCCACAGCACCAACGGGACAAAGACAGAGACUACAUUCGCCGGGCAGACCCCGUCUACCUCAGCAGAGUGAUAUGUGCUAUGGUGAACUGUAAUGAUGACCUGGGUAUUCUGGAGGGGAAGUGGCAGGGGAGCUACAAAGGUGGGGUGAAGCCCACAGAGUGGAGCGGCAGCGCCGACAUCCUGCACCGCUGGGUCUCCUCCAACAGCCCUGUGCGCUACGGACAGUGCUGGGUCUUUGCAUCCGUCCUCUGCACAGUGAUGAGAGUGUUGGGGAUUCCCUCCAGGGUGGUGACGGUUUUCAACGCAGCCCAUGACGGCGAUGGCAGCCUGAGAAUUGAAGAGUAUUACUCGAGCACCGGGGAAAAGCUCAACCUGUCAAAGGACAGCAUUUGGAACUUCCAUGUGUGGGCGGAGUGCUGGAUGAGGAGACCAGACCUCGGCCCGGAGUUCGAUGGCUGGCAGGUGGUGGACCCGACCCCCCAGGAGAAGAGUGCAGGGGUAUUCUGCUGUGGCCCUUCCCCGGUAAGUGGCGUGCAAGGACACUGCCUCCGCGCCCGCUACGACACGUCGUUCGUCUAUGCCUCUGUUGACGCCGACGUCGUGCGGCUGAUAGUCCGCGACGGGCUGGUGGUUGGCAGGACGGUGGACACGGAGGGGGUGGGACAGCUGAUUUACACCAAGAGCAUCGGCUCAGACGCACCAGAGAAUCUGACGGGGACUUAUAAGAGGAAGAGAAGUAAGUAUAUUUGUGUAAUGAGUCAGCAUGAAGCUCAUAGAGACGGUAGAAGUAGGGUGUUUUCAGCUCCCCCAGCCCUUUCAUCUCUACGAGGAACAUCACCCGAUUUGGAGGUGUCCCUAAGCAUAGAUGGGGUGCCGACAGUGGGUAAGAACAUCUCCAUGUGUGUGACGGUCAAGAACCAGUCGGGCAGCCCACGGUUCCUGAUGGAGCACCUCAACGCUCAGCAGAAGGACUUCAGCAGCAAUCCAGAGCAGAGUUUCUGGGAAACACACAAAGAAGUGUGCAUACAGCCGGGUGAAGUUCUGACGCUCCACCACGCCAUCGCUCCCUCCGAGUACGAGUCGUUCCUGGCAGGCGACGACAUUGUGAAUCUCGCGGUGGUGAUCAAGGACCUGAGGACGGAAGAAAGAUUCCUGGCCACGCAGGAGUUCAGCAUCAGCUCACCACAGAUUACCAUAGAGAUUGAAGGAGGGGACAGCAUCGAGAUGAAAAAGGAGCACACAGUCCAGCUGUCCUUCAUCAACACUUUUACCAAAACCCUGACUGGAGCUGUGCUGACUGUAAAGGGAUCUGGCUUGUUACAGGGGAAACACGAAGCCAGACUGGUUCUUCUGCAGCCAGGAGAGAAGAUAGAGAAGACGGUGACCAUCGUGGCCUCUUCGGCUGGCACUAAAGUGCUCAUGGCCACUUUCUCACACAGCAACAGUCCUGGAGUGGUUUCCAGGAGCUUCCGCAAAGUCUCCGUUGUGGCUGCAUGA